UAUCGAAUCAUGUACGAGAAGCUUGCGAUCGAAAUUGUGUUCUUUUCCAUUCCUGAUAUCUCCAUAAUUUCUAAAAUGUUGAAUCUCCGCCCACAUACCACGUGGAGGUGCUAACAAGUUUGGUCCAUGGCAAUCGGACAUUAUACCGCUCGUGUGCGGAUAUUCACCCGCAACAUCGAAUGGUGGCUUUUAUAUAUCCCACGUGGCGGCGUGUGUCGACAUCCCUAUGUAAAGCCAUUCCCGCUCGAAGCUUCGUCCCAUCAGCCUACCAAGACGACGUUGAAUCCAUAUCAAUCCUGACGACAGACAUCCGGAUUAACAAUGGCCCGUUCCGUGCUCAACGUCAAGCCUACCCGCAUCAUUCUGGACACGGAUCUGGCCAUGGGCGAGGGCGCAAACAUCGAUGAUGGAUUCGCUCUCGCUCUGGCUCAUGCGGACCCAAAUCUGCAGUUGGACAUGAUCACGACAGUCCAUGGGAACACCGAUGUGGAGAGUGCGACGAUUUUGACUGAAUUGCUGGCGACUCAACUUGGGAUCGAUACCCAUGACACGCCCAUCUUCCGUGGUGCGGCAACUCCGCUUAUUCGAACCAAUCAACAGCGGACCCCUUCGAGCCAUGUCCUCGCCCUCCGUGAUGCUGCUCGAGCACGAGGGCAACUUGCCUCUGGAGCCUAUGCUCCGAUUGCCAUCAUCGAACAUAUUCUAGCCAAUCCGGGCCAGAUCACCCUUGUCGCGAUCGGUCCUCUUACCAAUGUUGCCAUUGCUCUCCUCUUGGAACCGAAGAUUGCAGUUGCAUUGAAGGAGCUUGUGAUGAUGGGAGGUUCAUUCUUUGGUGCCACAGGUUUCCGCAACAAACCAGGCGAGACAAACGUAUUUACAGACCCCGAAGCAGCCCAGGCUGUCCUUCGCUCUGGGAUACCUCAACGAUGGGUGGGCCUGGAUUGCACGCUGAAAACACGUCUGACGCGAAAGCAAGCCGCGGAGCUGGAGGCGUCCCAUUCAGCAUUUGCUUCCUUUGCUGGCAGAGCCGCGAAUGCUUAUAUUGACGUUUUGGCGGCUCGUUAUCCUGGGCGUCCGGCGCCUGACGCAUGCCACAUACACGAUGCCUUGGCAGUAGCUGUUGUCUCACGCCCGGAGUUCUGCACGUUCCAAGAUAUCGCGGCGUCCGUCAUUACUGGGGAGGGAGAGGCGCGUGGUGUAAUUAUCGCGGACAAGUUGGAGGGUCUUGAGCCGCCAGAGCCUAAUUGCAGGGUUGCAGUUGAUGUUGAUACAUGCGCCUUCGAGAAGCAUUUCUUCAGUUUGAUAAACACAUUGUAAAUACUGCAUCUUAAUGGAGUUCGGCAUAUGGGUGGCUGGCGCAAAGGAUCAAUGUUUGGAUAUCUAUAGUACAGCGCAUUCUACCAAGCCCACUUGGAAUAUCCUAUUUUCUACAAGAGAUACCUCAAUGUACUUUUCAUCUGCUUUCACCACGAGAAAUAGAAGCCCUCAAA